GUCUAUUUUCGUUUAUUAUUUCUUUCUUCUCUUUUUCUUUAAAUAUCAUGUCGAUACCAACAAGAAAUGCUAUAUAUACAUCACCAAAUAUACCACCUAUGGCUGCUACACCUUAUGCCGCUACACCUUAUACAACACCCUUUAUGCCAACGCAACAAGCUGGAUACUACCCUCCUAUGGGCUCAAUGCAUAUUGGCGGACCACCACCACCGAUGAUGAUACAACAACAGCAGCCAAUUUUUCUGCCGAGAAGAGAACCAUGUGAUUGUUGUUAUAAUGAUUGUACUGGAUGUUGCUUAGGAUGUUUGGCGUCAACGUUCUUAUGCUGUUGUUGUUGUGGAAACGGGCAUGACGACUGUUGCUAGCCAAAAGUAACUUUUCUUUUUUGCUUUGAUUCACACCCGCAUUUCCCAAAAUGACAGAUUGUGUAAUUUUUAACGAGGCCUUUUUUUUUCCUUCCACUUUUCUAACUUACCAUUUUUGGACACCAAACAAACGACUUACAGAAUCGCAUUAAACCAAUUCUCAAGUCGCAGGAUCAUAAAAAUAG